UUAAAUCUUUCCUCCUUAUUUGACAAACAGUUAAUGUUCUUUUCUUUUGUUGGCAACAACAGUUAAUGUGUAGAAGAAAUCACGAGCAGUUUAGGAAAAUCAUUGGAAGGGGCAAUUGAACCUUAUCAUUGACCCUAAACCAAGUCUUUCUGAAUCAUUUAUUCCAGAAUCUUAGGAUCUUAUAAGAGCACGCUCAUGAUUAAAUGAAGUUGAAAGAAAAACAGGUGCAGAUGGGGUUGUAUUUGAAGCAGCGGCUACUUCUUGUGCUCCUCACUGCAGCAGUAGCAGCAUCAGCUAAAACCCAACCUAUAUCAAAGCCAAAGUGUCCAACAAAGUGCGGCAAUGUUAGCAUUCCCUUUCCCUUUGGCCUCACUAAGCACUGUUCUCUCAACACCUCAUUUCUCAUCACUUGCAACCAAACCCUUUCACCACCCACUCCAUUCUUGAACACUACUUAUGAAAACGUGCGGGUGCUGAACAUCUCACUCGACGGCCAACUGCAUGUUUCAUUGCCAGUUGCUAAAAGUUGCGUCGUCGAUAACAAGACUGGUGAAUCAUACAACGAGGUUAUUUUCAUCAUGUUCGACAGACCUUUUCACCUAUCAUCCAACCAAAACAAGUUAACUGUAUUGGGCGCUGACACGGCAGGAGUAGUAUAUGAUCAAGAUUCAAGAUCCAAAACACGUUACGCUCCCACUUCUUGCGUGUCCUUGAACACCACAAUUUACAACAACACACAUGAUGACUCAUGCUCCGGCACUUUUUGUUGCGAGACUCCAAUUCAACAUAGGCUAUCGGAAUUCGCCUAUAUUUCUGCUUCAAAUAUCUUCGACGAUAACUACACCAAGCCAUGUGGUUAUGCAUUUCUGGUUAAGGAGGGAGCUUACGAUUUCUCAAUCACAGAUCUGAUCAAUUUUAACAGAAGCAACACGUUUCCUGUGGUUGUGGAUUGGGCAGUGGGGAACACGUGCAUAGAUGCUCAGAAGAAUGCUUCAAGCUAUGCGUGUAAGUCAAAGUACAGUGAAUGUCACAAUGCAAUCGUGGGACCUGGUUACCAUUGUAAAUGCUCCAUUGGUUUUCGAGGAAAUCCUUACCUACCACAUGGCUGUCAAGAUGUUGAUGAAUGCACUGAGGAAUCCCACGACUGUUUAAAGGGGAGAUCAAUAUGCAUCAACAGUCCAGCAGGGAGCUAUAGUUGUUCUUGUCUAAAGGGAUAUGAAGGAGAUGGGAAGAUCAAUGGAAGCGGAUGUGUUAGCAGGAGUAACCGCAAAAUAAUAAUUGCUCUCAGUGUGAGUGGAAGUAUAUUGGCACUGGUGGGGGGAACCUUAUACCUGUGUUGUACAUUAAAGAAAAGAAAACUCAACAAACUUAAAGAACAUUUUUUCCAACUAAACGGUGGCAUGUUAUUACAGCAACAGAUAGGCAGGCACAGUGAUUCAAAUGAAUUGACAAAAAUCUUCACUGUGGAAGAACUAAAAGAGGCCACCAACAAUUUCAAUGAAGAGAUGGUCUUAGGCGAAGGUGGGGAGGGAACAGUUUACAAAGGAAUAUUACCUGAUAAUAGAACUGUAGCAAUAAAAAAGUCGAGAAUCAGUAACCCAAACCAAAUUGAGCAUUUCAUCAAUGAGGUGAUUCUGCUUUGUCAAAUCAACCAUAGAAAUGUGGUGAAACUCUUGGGGUGUUGUUUAGAGACAGAGGUUCCCUUACUUGUUUAUGAAUUCGUUCCCAAUGGAACUGUUUACGACCAUCUCCACGAUCAAACCAAAUCUUUAAGACUUACAUGGAAAAGAAGAUUACAAAUAGCAGUAGAAACUGGUGGGGCCCUGGCUUACUUGCAUUCUGCUACCCAUGCACCAAUCAUACAUAGAGAUGUGAAAACUUCAAACAUACUACUUGAUCACAAUCUCACUGCAAAGGUAUCUGAUUUCGGAGCUUCAAAGAUUAUUCCUCUUGAUCGAAGUCAGUUAACGACUUUGGUGAUGGGGACACUGGGAUAUCUUGACCCACAAUACUUCCACUCAAGCCAGUUAACAGAGAAAAGUGAUGUGUAUAGUUUUGGAGUUGUCCUAGUCGAACUGUUAACAGGAGAGAAGGCACUCUGUUUUGAAAGGCCAGAGGCUUAUAGAAACCUUGCGGUUCACUUCCUUUCUUCGAUGAAUGAGGGUCGGCUACUUGACAUUGUCGAUAGCCGCAUAAUGGAUGAGGCAAAUGUUGAGCAACUAAUGGAUGUUGCCAAUAUUGCAAGCCAUUGUUUAAGGUUGAAGGGAGAGGAAAGGCCCACCAUGAGAGAAGUGGCAAUGGGACUUGAAGAAAUAAACAUUGUGGAGAAGCACCAAUGGGAAAAAGUCAACUUGUCAUCAGAGGAGACUGAAAAUGUCAACUUGUCAUCAUCCUCUUUUAGUGUAGAUGGUGUCAGCAGAAGAAGCAUGCAUUCUAGCUCUGAUAUCUUAAAUAGAAUUUCCUUGUCCUUGACUAGUGGAAGAUGAUUAGCUGAUAUUAUUAUAAUAAUUCUCAAGAUUGUCGCCAUUCAAGACUAGAUGCCAAUCAAUCUUCAGAGUAAUGGAUGUUAUGUAUUGUAUGAUGUUAUGUUAUCCCACGGAUUUUUUUAAAUGUGCUAUUUUUG